AAAACAACCCGUGCUAACUCGUUUCCAGCGCUUUCUCUUUUAACGCUCUUUCCCAAUUUUUCCUUGGAAAGGCCCUGGGAAAAAAAAAAGUUGAAUCUCGCGGUAUUCUUCGCUGUAUCUCCUAAAAUAGUUCUUUUAAUCCUUGAUUGUCAAACAAGUUCUCCUUAACAACACCUUAGGAAUUGUGUAGAGAACAGUAUAGAGAAGAUGCAUAUUGAUGUUGGGGUAAAAUGGGGUUGAAAUUAAGCUCUGCUAUCCUUGUGACGAUGAAAUGAAGUCUUGAAUGACUGUGAAUAUAUGAGAAUUAUAGAUAUGAAAUGCGAGUUAAGAAAUGAAUAUCGAAGUGAUCUUUGCAGAAAUGAAUACUACUUGAGCAGUAGUGAACAUAAGGCCUGGAUAAAAUUCAGCGCCCAUGUAGUUGGCUUGUUAACUCAGUUGGUCGAGCACUGCACUGGUAUCGCAGAGGUCAUGGGUUCAAAUCCCGAAAUCGAGAUUCCUAAGUUGAACGGUCUUAUUAUUUUAAAGUGAUGUUGGCUGUUACCAUGCCUUUCGGUACAUAAAUUAUUACGUAUGCGUUUAGUUCUCCCAAAGGGAUUAAUAUUCUGACCUUGGCAAUGGGAAACGUUCGGCUUUUUUGUUCUUUGUUUGCGUCUCACACUUGAUUAGUUUCAAUAGCAAUAACAGCACCAAACGCUGGCCGAACACGCACACGCCUCUACGAAUUGUGAAAACCAGACACGAACUAUUCCUCUUUUACAAAGUCUAUGGAAUCUCUAAGUUUACUGGCUGAGAUCCUGCCUCUUGUCGCCCUGUUUCUUUCAGUUGUUUACUUCAGCGUCCUUUGCUACCGGUGGCCACGAAAUUAUCCUCCAGGACCUUGGGGUCUUCCAAUAUUUGGCAAUCUACCUCAGCUCGGUUCCGCGCCGCAUAUUACCCUGACGGAGCUCAGCAAGGUCUACGGAGAUGCGUUUUCCUUAAAGUUUGGCUCCAGAAAAGCAGUGGUGUUGAAUAGCGAGGAGGUGGUCAGAGAAGCACUGUUGAAAAAUUCUCGCCAUUGUUCCAAUCGACCACCGUUGUUCGCUGCUAGGAAUGUCAGGAAAACUAGUAUCUCUUUUGGAGAACGUUGCCCGGCUCAAGUCAUUCGCAAGAGAUGCGCCCUUAGAGCAAUUCACCAAGUUGCGCUCGACAAAGAAGGAUAUUUCAAUAAAAUUGUCCAAAAAGUGUUUUUGGAAUUCCAAGAAAGUCUGGCCAAGAAAGAAGUAAAAACAUUCCAGCCGUCUGUUGAAUUGAAGCUAGCUGUUAUCAAAAUCAUGUUUCACUUUACGUUUGGAGAAGACACUGGCAAUAACCAGUACACGAACGAAAUGCAAAAACUGGUAGAGGAAUCCGCCGAGUUUACCGAAAGCAGUGCCGCUUGCAGUCUGGUGGACUUCCUUCCCUGGAUUAAGCCAUUUAUUCGCAAACAGGUGGCCAUAGUGGAACACUCAAUCGAGGGGUUGAUGACAUUUGUUGACAAAGCGUACACUAAAACUAUGCGUAGAGAGAAGCCAGAGACUACCGAUGAUAACUGCAUUGCUUUGAGUUUGGCAAAGCUUUGGGAGAAAGCUAAAAGCAAAUAUUACGAGGAGAUAAAAAUGGAUUUAGAUUUGGAAGAACCAACAGAUCUUUCCAAUUCUUCACCAAGGGGUAAUCAAUCCAACAACGGAAAGGAAGAAAUUGUUAAAAUGCUAGCAGCCGAUAUUUUCGGCGCAGGACUGGAGACGGUCUCAAAUACCUUGUGCUGGGCGAUGGCUUACAUUAUAAACAACCCACAGAUUCAACAAAGCCUUCACCAAGAGUUGGAUAACGCUGUUGGGCGGCAUCGUCUUCCCACAAUCCAAGAUAAGGGAAACAUGCCUCUAUUACAAGCCACAGUAUUGGAAGUUCUCCGCAUUGCCUCUGUGCUGCCACUCGCUCUACCUCAUCAGACAUCUACAGAAACAACGCUGGGUGGAUACACGAUUCCAAAGGACACACUCGUCGUUAUUAAUCUGUGGGCAGUGAAUCAUGACCCUCGCGUGUUCAAGGAACCUCGUGUAUUCAAUCCAUACCGAUUCUUGAAUGAAAACGGAGAGGUCUACGACGUUAAAACCAAGUUGCAGCUGCCUUUUUCGAUUGGCAGUCGACGCUGUCUUGGAAGCUCAUUGGCUAAGGCGGAAAUGUUUCUCUUGUUGGCAUGUUUGCUACAGCGUUUCGAGUUUUCACGCGCAAAGCCUGGCUUUGUAGAUUUGGAGGGUCAUUUUGGACUCAGCUUGCGCCCUAAAGAUUUUAGUGUUUGUGCAAAUCCUCGUUAAAGAAAAAGACAACUCGAACGAAGGUUCUAGAUCUGUGAUCUGUUUUUAACUCACUAUCAGCUACACGAUUCAUUAACUCCGGAAACUCUAGAGACAACAGCGUCUGCGAGUUCGUCUUGUUACUUAGUGGCGCUUUUCUUUUUGAGCCUUUUGAAAUAAUUAAAUAUAUACAUAUAUAUAUGCAUGUAUAACAUCUAGCUGCAAGAGUUUGUUAUGCACAUGGAAUGCGGACAUUUUCAUCUUUGUAACCUACUUUAUUUAGCAGUGGUGGUUUUUACAAAAUUUGUAGCAUUUCUUGCAAUGUCUCAAAACAUGAUUUUGGAAAACGGCCAAAGUGCACUUGCAAUGGUCCAUAGCCAAAAGAACUUUUCAAAAAAGUGUUGAUGCAUGCAUAUACAUAUUGAUUCACUUUAUGGGUAGUUAAUGUAAAACGCAGUCUUUCAUCGAUCGACAGUCAUCUGAGGUACUAUCAGGGCCAAAAUCAAAGACUAAAAUUUGAUCAACUCCCGAAAGUUUUCGUUUACGGGGUAGAAAAGAGAUUGCACCGUGUGGCUGUAGUUAAGGAAAUUACUAAUUUGCUAAUUUUCUGGCUGUCUCGUUGCGAGAGGUCCAUUCUGAAGGAAAAGAUCACGAAAACGUGGAAUUGUCAAUGUAGGCCUCGGUGGGAGGUGCUCCAAUCAAGCGCAAGUGACAAACACUUGGAAUUGUUUGAUGUAGAGCUCAGUCACCGACGUGGUUGGGUCAAGGUGAUGACGCCUGGCUGACUAAAUUUAUGCUAAACAUAGUUUAAAUAUUGUACUCCGCAUUUACUAUCAGGCAAGUACCAAGAGUAUAACCAAAAUCUUUUUCACUCUCAAUCCAAGGCGUCGAAAUUCGGUCUUCACCAUUAGUCAGUGAUGAAGACAGGACAAAAUUAAGAAACGAUUCUCGUGGUCGAAUGUAACCCUGAGAGUUUUUAAAAAAUAACGAAAGCUCCAUCUUCUUCCAGGUUGUUUUCGAAAAAAUAAUGGAAAUUCUCUGAAUUACUCUUCGCUUAAUUUCCCACAACUUUCUCGCAUUUGAAUCAAUCUCAACAAGACCAAACUUGCUUGUUCACUAGUAGGGUAAAAUAUUUCGCAGUACCUUUCCAUCGACGAAAUGACUGUUUAGAAUGAUUACAAAGGCACCAAUCUCUGAUAAAAACCUUUAACCUGACUUUGCUUCUACCACGUAUGUGUUUAGCAUAUAAUUGUAACAAAUGUAUUAUCUUUAGAAUAAAGGCAGUGUUAGCGUUUCGCAUCUCA